CUUGCACAGUCUUUCUCCGAUGUUCUAAUUGAAUGGUUGCAAACGACGCAAUAACACAACUGAACGAUAUACUCAACGUAAUAGCAAAGCAGUGAACAAUAAAAUAAUUAGUGGAUCGACAAAAUCAAACCAAAUUAUUGGCGUAUUGAUGAAAAUCGAGCAAUUAGCUGCCGGAAUUGAGGGAAAAUCGAGCCGGAAUUGAGGAAAAAUCGAGCCAAAAUUGAGGGAAAAAUUGCCGCUAAAGACCAAGAACAUUGAAGAGAAGUUGGAGAAAAGAAAAAAAGAGAGAAAAGUCGAAAUAGAAAGGUCGAAGUGUUGCUGAAAAAUGAAGACAAUGUUGAAACUCCCACAGAACACCACCGGUACGGAUGUGCCUUCAAUCGAUACGAAAAAUGAGUCACCAAAAAAAGAAGAGCCGCUUGAACGUAUUUUGACGGUGGACAUCAAGACGAUGCGUACUCACAUGCGAAAUGACAACUUCAACAAUCACAACACGCUCCUGGAAUUUUUCCCGAAAAUUCAUCAGAUUUCACGACCUAAUGAACGGACGACUUGUUUGACUCUGCGCUGUGCGGACAAUAUACAUGUGCAUACAAUGCAAGCCAAUUUCUAUGGCGAUAUGCGACCAUUCCAAACAGGUGAUGUCGUUCGAUGUGUGGGCCAUUUGAAUGGUCAAACUGGUCAGUUCAAGAUCAUCAACAUGUCUAAGAUUGACUAUGAGAGGGAGUUGGAUGUGAUCAAUCGAUUGAUCGCCAUUUCUAGCUUCGAGCUGGCCAAAUUGCCGAUCAAAACUCCAAACCAAUCGCCAAAAAAGUAGAAAUUUUCAUCAUCUUUGGUCGUGAAGUGUCAUCAGCUCAGGAACCCAUCGCCGAAGCGAGAACCUCUUUCAUUUUCCAAUAUUGAACAUUUUUUAUUUUUUUCAUUUUAUUAUUCUUUCAACAAUGAACAAAUACCGACAUGAGAAUAACGAUUAUUGUCAUAGGACGCCUUUAGCAAUUUAUUGAACAUAUUUUAUUUUAUUUUUAGUAAACUUAAGUAAAGUUGUAAUUUUCGUCACGAAC